AUGAUUGGCAUUGCAAUGCUGUUAAUUACACAGAUCAGCAAAUUAGAGAAAUGCCAGGUUGGAUCACAGCUAAAAAGGAAACUUUAUCAAAAUGAACAAACAUUUUCAAUCAAUAAAGAAUCAUUCAGUAAUGAACAGCUUAUGAAAUUGUUACAACUCACUCAGUGCAAGAGAAAGCUCUACAUUUGAUUAUUAAUGGGGAGGCUGGAGCUGUUAAAAGCUAUUUAAUACAUGGACUGCACACCCACCUUGAAGACAAAUGCAAAGAAACUGCAACAACAGGAAAAGCUGCUUAUGCUAUAAAUGGAAUAACCAUUUACAAAGACUGCCUGUCACCAACAUGUUACAAGAAGACUUAUCAGGUCAAGCAUUGGUUACAAUACAGGUGAGACUGAAAGCAGUAGAUUACAUAAUAAUAGAUGAAUAUUAUAUGCUUGGUCAAGCAUCUCUAGGGUGGAUUGAUAGACAAUGUAGACAGGCAACUGGCUUGCAUGAAGUACUGUUUGGUGGAAAGUCUGUUAUUUUAUUUGGAGAUCCUGCUCAAUUACCUCUGGUCCAAGAUAAGCCUUUAUACCAUUCCAAACCAUCAAGUGCAAUUGCAGAACAGGGCUAUGGUGCCUAUCAAAUGUUUGAUAAAGUUGUAAUUCUGAAAUUCAAUCAAAGAGUGCUUAGGUCAGAACUUGAUCAAGUUUUGUUCAAACAAUUGUUGAUGAGGUUACGGAAUGGUGAGACUACAGAAGAUGAUUGGAAACAGUUUUUAGCAAGACAACCAUCACAAGUUGAAAAUGUUAAAUGCUUUGAUGGUGUAACACGACUAUAUUACAGCAACAAUGAGGUAGAAAAAUAUAAUUAACAUCGUUUGUUAGAGCUAAAACAACCCAUAGCAGAAAUAUUUGCUAAACAUUCUAGUGUUGAAGGAAACAACAUCAGUGCCCAAGAGAUGCUUGGUUUGCAGCCAAGACUAUUCGUAGCUAAGGGUGCAAGAGUCAUGCUUUUAAUGAAUCUCUGGUCAACAGUAGGUGUUUGCAAUGGUUGAACAGGAUCAGUUGUAGACAUUAUUUACGAGCCUAGUACACAGCCUCCAUCACUGCCUGUUGCAGUUAUAGUAAAAUUUGACUCAUUCUCAGGUCCAUCUUUAGCAGAUAGCAUGCCUUCAUGUGUUCCUAUUACACCAAUAACAGCCACAGUUCCAUCUGGAAAUGUAGUGCAUGAAAGGCAACAGCUACCUUUAACACUUUCCUGGGCAGCGACAAUUCACAAAAGUCAGGGUAUGACUUUGAAUAAAGCUUGGGUUGAUAUUGGCAGAAAAGAAUCCACAUUAGGAUUUACAUAUGUUGCCACAAGUAGAGUACACAACAUCUCUUCGUUAGCCAUUGAGCCUGUGACAUUUGAGAGACUACAGAAAAUCAAAAAUUCAUAAUUAUUGAAAUAUAGGAUGAAAGAAGAACAAAGGCUUAAACAAUUGCCUGAUAAAACAACUUUAAACUACUCUUACAUUGUUUAAUGUGACUGAAAUGCAUUAAGGUUGAUUGUUGUUUUUUAAUGUGUACUUUGCUUAACCUCCCUAGGCUUGCUAAGGUAUGAUAAAAAGAACAAAAAAAAGUAAGUAAUAAAACAAACAAGUAUUUUAAGGUGACUUAUACUGUAUACUUUAUAGGACUAUACGUCCUUUUGGUGUAUUAUUAUGUUUAAGUAAAUAUAGCAACCAUUUUUAUUUUCCAACAGAACCUAGAGCUGAUUACUCUACAACCAUACAGCAAAUAAGUAGUAUGUAACAAAAUAACAUACUAGUACACUGGAAAACUGAAUUAUCAUUUGAAUUGUAAUGAAAAGCUCUUGUAAUGACCACUUUGGGGAUUUUGAGACCACCAGCUUUGACUUUUGAGGAUAACCAACUGGGAUUUUCCUUGCUUUUAUGUUCUCAUAAGUGUCCAGUUGGAACUUCUAUAUCAUAACACCAUCUCACACCCUAUCAAAGCUAAAACCGGCCUCAUUUUUCUAACACAAGUCAUUUGUUGCCACCAAGAUGGACGUCAAAACCUUUGUAAAUAAUGUGCUUAAGACCAAGGUCUUCUGUUCGUGGUUCUUUUCAACUUGGGGAACUCUUUCUUUUUAUGUCAGAAUCUUUUAUUUUGCAUCAUCAGAUAACAAUCCACCAAUCCAAGAUGUAUCAGAUGUGGCUGCUUCCUCAAAAACACCUCCCAGCAGCCAAUGGCGUAAUAGCUAAGUAACUUGAUCGUUCAGUUAGGACACGUUUUAAGUAACGCGAAAUCAGAGACAAAGGUCAUAAGCGUUUUGUACCUUACGGACUUUACGUUUAACGUCGCUAACCUGUAGUGUAUUACUGUUCGAUCUGCUGACCCGUUUUGCUGACCUGUUAUUGAAAUACGUUCGAUUGGAUAUCGCCACAGAAGUAAGUAAUUUGUUUUGUCACUGAUUGAAUUGAGAAUUGUUAGUUCCCGUGCAAUUUCAUGAAUCGCUCGCAUUAGAUUAGGUUUCUCAACAAUUUUGUAUCUUUCUUAUAGAUCAAAUAAAACAAUAUAAAGAUUAUACGAUUCCGUAUCCAAUCAUUCGUCCGAGAACCAUUUCCCCUUGGAACAAUACCCUUGUGCAAACUCUUACCAAACAAGAACAAAGUAAGUAGUAACGCCAAGGAACAAAAAUAAGUUUAACAUAUAGAAACUGUUUUCAUAUGUAAACAGUUGACAAAUGGAAUGUUCACAAAAUGAAUGACUAAGAUAACUCCCAAAAAGAAGCAUUCUUGCUAUUACAAAUAGCAAAUUACCUGUUCUAAAUUUACUAGACAUAACAAUCAUCCUUUUCUUAUUUCAUUUUCCUGGCACACCUCCCAUUUGCUAUCUGCAUAACUUGUUCCCAUUGAAAAGGAGCCAAGAAAACAACCACUACUUUGAUGGCAUUCUUCAACUACGCGACAAAUCAAUGAGGGCUGUGCGUUUUUCCCCAGAUAAACAUACCUCCGUGAAGGUCAAGUUAGAACCCUCCUCACCUAUCAAAAUAAGUGACUAUCACGUAAAAUGCAACAGAUACUCAGAUAAAGACAAAGUGCACAUCAAUAAAAGAACCAAACUAUCAGAGCCUAAUAAAAGUGAAAUCACAUUUGACUUCACCAAGAUCCCAGAGCGUGAGCAGGAAGACACAGAGUAUACAGACAGCAUCCAAGAAAUUAUUGCCAGCAAGAUUACUAAAAGUAAAGUAAACAUCACUGGGCAAGUCACAGUAGUUGAAAUCCAACCAUCAUCACAGCAAAUGGCAAGACACUGAGGAGGCAAGAAUGCACACUCACCAACAAAACAGGAUCUGAGAUUAGCACUUUGGCAAGAAGACAUUGA